UCAAGAGGCGGCGUCCCGGCGUCCCCUCGCCCGUUUCCCGCCGCGCACGCGCGCGGGGGGUGGAGGUUGGAUUUUACCGCGGAUCCGGACGGGCUGGGAGAUGCCGGGGAUUCCAGAGCCGGAGGGGGACAGCGAGCCAGACGUGUUUCAGAUCGUGCUGCCAAUCACUGUCUUGGUGCUCAGCGAUGAGGAUUUUCUCCAGGGUGACGCUGAGGAGCAGGACGUGUCCGUUCCCGAGGUGGAGCAGGAUUUUAACUUAAACAACAGCGUUUGCCUGAAAGAUGUUGUGGCACCUUCAAACGACUGUAGCAGUGUAGGCAGCUGGGAUGAAAACAAGACUAUUUCAAAUGAAGAUAGUUGUAUUAAAUACUCUGAAGAGAAGUGGCUCGUUGAGGGUGUGUGCAACGCAAAAAAAUCAUCUUUAAGUGAUGGGUGUGAUGCAGACCUGGAGCAAUGUGGCCAAAAUUGCACGUUACCUACAUCGCCUUACAAAACAGAGAUAAACAAAACCAGUGGUGGAAAAGAAUGUGAUGGUGGCUUUCAGAAGAUUCCUCCUCUCCUCUCUGCUGGCAGAGAGGUCAGAGAUGAUACCAGCCCAUGGAUGUUGCCAGCAGUGCCCAAAAAAGAAGAAGAACCUGGCAGUGUUGCAGGUGUUCUUUGUGAUGGCAGUCCAGAGGGACAACCAGAAAUCCACAAGGAGAUGGAGGCAGUUGCUGAAAUAGAAGUGACCAAAGGGGUGGCCUUUCAUCAGGGAAAAGGUUCUGAAAAUAAAAAAGUUGAAAAAGAGAGAGAAUGUGAGAAUGGAGCCCUAGCAAACCAGCAAGAAGGUUUAGUGUGGCAAAGUAAUACUUUGACCCUCUCACACCUUUCUGAAACAUCUCGUUCUACAAAUAAGCAUGAAAGAUUGAAUUCCAAGUGCAGGUUUUGCAGCUCUAUGUAUAAAUGCAGUGCACACCUAAAGAAACACAUUUAUUCAGCUCACAAAGAUGAGAAAAUACAUAAAUGCUGCUUUUGUAAAAGAACCUUUUUCUUCUUUUUCAACCUUAAGAAUCACCUUAAAUUGCAUAAAAAAAUUACCAGGUUGCAAAAGGCAAGAAAAAACAGAACAAAUGCAAGAAAAGGGAGGCAGAGAACAUCUGAGACCAAGAAAAGAGAACGUAAAUAUGAGAAUUUUUUUGUUAAAAUUGAAAGGGACUUUACACCUCUGUGUGUGCCAGUUAGUUUUUCCUGCAGAAUGUGUUUCUUUGCUUCAUCAAAUCCAAGGAGUUUUAUUCAUCACAUGAAGGGCCAUAAAGAGAGACCACCAUACCAGUGCCCUCAGUGUGACUACUCCUGCACUACCUUUUCCUGCCUGUUAACUCACAUGUACUGGCAUGCUGGGUAUAAGCUGUACCAGUGCAGAUUCUGCAGCUUCUUUUCACUGUAUUUUGCAAGCAUGGUGAGGCACAGCUCCAUCCACACAGGGGCUAAACCAUGUUCCUGGGAGUUCUUCCAGUCAGCUUUCAGCAGCAGCUUGGAGUUAAAGAGACACAGGAGGCUCCACACAGGGACAGAAACGUGCCAAGGGCAGGAACUUGACUGGGUAAGUGGAAGAAAAAGAACUCGAAGAUCUUUAAAGAAUUAUUCAUGUGCUGAACGUAACCUGGUGUUUUACGCUAAAGGAGAUCUCAGCUUGCACAAGAAAUUUCAUGAACAGUUUGAGGCUAAUGGUUAUAGAGAUCAGAGCAAGAAAUACCACAAAAUAGGCAAAGCUGAGAGUGAUUCUCAGGGCCACGUUUCUCUCUUUGGUAGAGAAAAUGAUUGUCUCAGUGGGGCAAUGCUGGCUUCAGAAGUAGACUGUGAGCAAGCAGGUGAUGUGCAGGGCAAUAAAAAAAUGUGCUCUGGAAAGAAAUUCCCUGAAAACAGUCUUGGAAGCAACAGCCUGGCUAUUACUGGGAAUAGAUCAGAAGUCACUCGGACUUCACACAAAAUGGAUGCUGUCCUUUACAAAGAGGAACCUCUCUUCAAAUCAGAGGCCUCUCAUUCACAAGUGCAAGAUGACAGUGCAUACCAUACCUUUGUGGAAAACUCAAAGGAUUCAUGUUCUUCCACUUCAAAUACAUUCAGAACAUACAUGUGCCAACACUGCAGUUAUGCUACUGAUGUUCAGAACAACUUCAGGCUGCACCUAAAGAUACAUACAGAUGAAAGACCAUUUGUAUGUAAAGAUUGCAAUAAGACAUUUAAAACAUCCAACCGUUUGCAGAAACACAGCCUCCUUCAUGUAAAGAAUGAACAGAAGUUGGGCAGUUGCCUCUAUGUAGAGAAGUGUUUGGAAAAUCUUGAAUUGCAUCGUGAAAUUCAUGGAGGCACGUGUCCAGAAAGGGAUUUUGGUUCCUCAGAAGGUUCAAACAGCUCCUUGCUUGGUUCAAAAGUCUUUGGAGUACGGCCAGAUGUUCAGAGGGACAGCAAAAACGAUUUGCUAGCACAAAGUCAGCCAUCAUUCUACCAGUGUGCAGAGUGCAGGUACAAUACUUACAGUUUAAGCAACCUUGAACUCCACAUAAGAACUCACACGGGUGAGAAACCUUACAGCUGCACUGUUUGCCAGAUGAAGUUUCGUACUUCCAGCCACCUGAAGAGACACAGAGUGACACAUUUUAACACAGAGCAUUUCAAGUGCAGGAACUGUGACUACUCCACAAACCAAUGGCUGGCCCUGAAACGUCACCUGGCUUCGCACUCCGGCGAGGGAAGCUCAUCGCUGGGCACAGCUCACCUCUGCGAGCACAAGGAGCUCCCUGUGAAAACGUACCGGUGUGAGGAGUGUGGCUAUUGCACGGCCCACAACGGGAACAUGAAGCCCCACCUGCGGAUCCACACCGGGGAGAAGCCGUUCCAGUGUGGGCAGUGUGCCCUGGCCUUCCGCACCUCCAGCCACCUCAAGCGCCACCUGCUGACUCACUCGAGGCUGCGCUGCAGGAGGUGUAAAUACUCCACGCUGGAUAAAGGGGCUUUCCAAAAGCACAUAAAAACACACCGAAAAAAGUACACCUGCGAGAGGUGUAAUGUGGCACUGCCUACCCAGAAACUGCUGGAAAAGCACAAGAGGCAGCACAAGGAUGGGAUAUAAGGUUGGGAGUUGGCACUUGGUUCUAGAGUGGUUUGUGUGUUCAGAACAAGGGCUGGUAAGGGAUACAUCCAGCAUUUUGGUCCAGAGAGUGAAACUUGGAGUACUGGUUUGCUCCAGGUUUUUCAGAGAGGUUCAGUUCUAGCACAGGCUGUGCUAAAGAUCUUGGAGACACUUCUUCAUGCCUGAGUAACUGCUUAAUACCAUGAGUCCUGUUAGGAUUUGGCCAUCACUUUAAACAGUUACUCUGUGCCACUUAUUUUCUUGUAAAAAAUUAAUAAAAAUCUCUUUUCUAACUGAAAGAAUGCUUAAAGGGAGGGAAAGAAGUACAUGUUAUAU